UUUGGUUGUGUGUGUGUGUCUCUCUCUGUGUGUGCGCGCCCAGUACUACUGUAUUGUACUGUGAGAAGGUAGACAGAUAGGGGGCACCGCACCAAAAUCUCCCGCUCAACCCCCCCACAAACUCACUUUCUAACUUCAACGUUUUUUUUUUAAACCGACCACAGGACUUUAACAACUGAUCGCAUUAUUUAUUGAUAACAUUUUCGGUUAGUUUAUGGUUUGUGUUUUUACACACCGGGAGGGCAGAAAUGGCCGCCAACAUGUACCGGGUCGGAGACUAUGUAUUCAUUGAGAAUUCCUCCAGCAACCCUUACCUGAUCCGCCGGAUAGAAGAACUAAACAAGACGGCCAGUGGCAAUGUGGAGGCCAAGGUGGUGUGUUUCUACAGAAGGAGAGACAUCUCACACAGCCUCAUACAGUUGGCUGACAAACACGCACAGGACCUAGAGGAGGAGAAAGAGAGUCCGUCGGAGGCGGACCUGACAGACAAACAGGAGCACCAGUUACGCCACAGAGAACUGUUCCUCUCGCGCCAAUAUGAGAGUCUACCAGCCACACACAUCAGGGGGAAGUGUAGUGUGGCAUUGUUGAAUGAGACGGAAGCUGUUCUCUCCUACCUGGACAAAGAGGAUAUGUUCUUCUACUCGCUGGUCUACGACCCUACCCAGAAGACACUGUUGGCUGAUAAAGGAGAGAUCAGAGUGGGACCACGCUUUCAGGCUGACGUACCUGACAUGCUACAGGAGGGUGACUCAGAUGAACGUGACCAAUCAAAGCUAGAAGAGAAGCUAUGGGAUCCUGACUGUCCUCUCUCCAGCAAACAGAUAGACCAGUUCCUGGUGGUGGCACGGGCGGUGGGGACGUUUGCCAGGGCGCUGGACUGUAGCAGUUCGGUCAGACAGCCCAGUCUACAUGCGAGUGCAGCCGCCGCCUCACGAGACAUCACACUGUUCCACGCGAUGGACACGCUGCAUCGUCAUGGUUACGACCUGUCCAGUGCGUUGAGUGUGUUGGUGCCGUCCGGUGGGCCGGUGCUGUGUCGGGACGAGAUGGAGGAGUGGAGCGCCUCGGAGGCAGCCAUGUUUGAAGAGGCUCUGGAAAAAUACGGAAAGGACUUCAACGACAUAAGACAAGACUUCCUACCGUGGAAGUCUCUGACCAGUAUAAUAGAGUAUUAUUACAUGUGGAAGACAACAGACCGAUACGUACAGCAGAAGAGACUGAAGGCAGCAGAAGCAGAAAGCAAACUGAAGCAGGUUUACAUCCCCACAUACAAUAAGCCCAACCCUAACCAGAUCUCAGUGACCAAUGGGAAGAUGGCGACGGUGAAUGGGGCGGGUCCUGGAGCCUACCAUGCAGCGGGGGGAGGACGAGCCUGCGAGAGCUGCUACUCGACGCAAUCAGCCCAGUGGUACUCGUGGGGGCCACCCAACAUGCAGUGUCGCCUGUGUGUGUCGUGCUGGAUGUACUGGAAGAAGUAUGGUGGCCUUAAGAUGCCAAGCAGAGCGGAGGGGCCCGAGGAGAAGACCCCACCCAGCCCUGUGCCCAACGAGCCUCGGUCGCGUGGCCACGGCCCCCGCCAGUCCAGUCACAUGGUGCCGGUGCGUAACAGCGGCAGCCCCAAGUCCUCCACGAAGACAAAGCAGGCCUUCCUGCUGCAGGCAACCCGCCUCACCAAGCUGGCACGCCACAUGUGCCGCGACAUCAUCAGACUGCGACGCGCUGCGCGGCGCCCCUUUGUGCCCAUUAACUGUGGAGCCAUAAAGGCUGCGUAUAUGUUGCGGCUGUCGGAGGGGCAAGUCGGGCGACCGCCCAGAAUCCGGACCACCCAGAGGAGCACCCUGACCAGCGUCCUGCAGUUCCUGGAGUCCCGCCCCGCGAUACACGCCCCACGUUCUCACCGAACCCUUGGCCUGCAAGCCCCUCCCCCUCGCCGCCUCCUCUCUUCUCUCCCUCACGGUCCCCAUGGCCUUCUGGGUAAACGCAGCUUCCACCACCACACCAGAGCCGAGCCAGAGAAACGCCCAGAAAACCCAGGCCAGACAACGGUACCAGUGCAGAACGGCCGUGGCAGUGGAGGCGGGGGGACCAGGGGCAGUGCUAGGGGCGGAGUCAUGAUUAGGAAGAGACGCCCAAACUUGAUCGAUGCCCCCGAUGACAGCUUCUUCUUUGUCUCCCGGGAGACCAGGAGGGUCAGGUGGCUGCUGUCUCGGUCCCAGCUGAGGCGCGCCUGUCGACAGCCCUGUGAGCAGAUCGCCCUGCGCAGGGCCUCCCAGGCACCACCACAGGGGCCGCUCCUCGCCCUUCCACACCCCCACCCCAGCCUCCGGAUGAGGGGACCCAUUGUCAUCCACGACUGACCCUAUCUCCCUCCCAUACCUGUCCCCUGCCUAUGCUCAGCUCGACAUGCAAGACCCUAAUCCUAGUUUCACCCAGCCCCCGCCCUCCCCAUCGCCCCCCUUUAAAAAAAAAAAAGGUGAACCUCUGAACUCUUCGGAAUCUGACCCUUCACCUCGGCAGGAAGGGAUGUGCUUCGUUGCCGUGGAGACAGACAUAAAGGGGUUCCCACCUGUACACAUCCAACUCCCCUGGGACAGAAAACCAGUGAGUGUGUGACCUUGAUUAUGUUUCUUCUUCUUCAGUACCUACUGCAUGUCAGUGACUGGUGGUUGUGAGCGAUCCUCGGUUUGUCAGAGAGAUCAAACCUGAUAUCAACUAACCAGGUCGGCUGGAUUUACAGGGAUGGUUUGAUCACAAACUAGAUGGUUAAAGGGAUCGGAUCACUAACUAGAUAACUGCAUCAUUAUGUAUCCUACAGUUCCACGACACUCUUAACUUCUGAGUCAACAACAUAGAAAUACGCUCAUUGUAUAUUACUAUACCGAUUGCAACUCUGUACAGUCUAGACAUGAUAUUUUAUGCUCUACCUAGCACUUCUAUAGGCAGAACACUUCCUCUCUUCUCAACAGAACCUGGGACUCAUGACAGAUCUAAUCUGCUUUGGUAUCCUAUUCCUUGUGUAGGGCACAACUUUUGGCCAGAGCCAUCUAGUGCCCAAGGGAAUAAGGGGCUAUUUAGGACAUCCCCUGCUGUAGCAUGCCACUGAGGUCAAGCCUCCUGAUUUGUUUAUGUUGGUGUUCAUGAAUGUCACGUGUUGAAAUAUGAAAUAUGCUGAUUAAAAACAACAGUUU